CACAUGGAAAAGACAGACGAGUCAAGCAGUACUUAUUUAGUUGUGAGGAAAAAGUCACCACCGAAAUCCAUCUCCUCCUCUCCCCACAACGGCGUCGUCUUGUGACGAGAGUACAAUCCAGUGAGGCAGCUCUCAUGGAUUGUUGCUCUGGUUUGUGUGCCUGCUUUGCCCGAAAAGGCGCGCAGAGCCAAGACGACGACGCUGCUUCGGAAUCGUCUGACCUGUUUUUUGAGUUACAAGCUCUGCAAAUCGCCACCGGUUUCUUCUCCGAGGUCAACAAACUCGGACACGGUGGCUUCGGCCCGGUUUACAAGGGUCUGUUGCCAAAUGGGGUAGAAGUAGCUAUAAAGAAACUCUCUUUAGAUUCGAGGCAAGGAGUGAGGGAAUUUACCAAUGAGGUAAAACUGUUACUUAGAGUUCAGCACAAGAAUUUGGUAAUGUUAAUGGGGUGUUGUGUACAAGGACCUGAGAAGAUGUUGGUUUAUGAGUACCUCCCAAACAAGAGCCUUGAUUACUUUAUUUUUGAUCAAAUCAAAUCUGCAUCUCUGGAUUGGAUGACGAGGUUUCGGAUUAUAACAGGAGUGGCUAGAGGUCUUCUUUACCUUCAUGAAGAGGCGCCGGUGAGGAUCAUUCAUAGGGAUAUUAAAGCAAGUAAUAUAUUGUUGGAUGAGAAGCUUGACCCGAAAAUCGCGGAUUUUGGAUUGGCAAGGCUGUUUCCUGGGGAAGACACUCAUGUAAAUACAUUUAGGAUUUCUGGUACUCAUGGUUAUAUGGCCCCUGAAUAUGCAAUGCAUGGAUAUUUGUCAGUGAAGACGGAUGUUUUCAGUUAUGGAGUAUUGGUGUUAGAGAUUGUCAGUGGGAGAAAGAACCAUGAUCGACAGCUUGAUAGAGAAAAGGCAGACCUCUUGAGCUAUACAUGGAAGUUGUAUGAAGCAGGAAAGGCAUUGGAAUUAGUUGACCCAGCCCUAGCCAGGUGCAAUCGUGAUGAGGCAGCAAUGUGCAUUCAGCUAGGGCUUUUAUGUUGUCAGGCAAAUCUUGCAGAUAGGCCUGACAUGAACUCUGUUCAUCUCAUGUUCUCAAGCGAUUCAUUUACUCUUCCCAGACCAGGUAAACCUGGACUUCAAGGCCGUGGAGUACGGUGGACUACUACCUCUACUUCGGCCUUUACCAACAAUACUAAUGCUAGUAGUGGAUUCACUGGUGGUACUAAGGUUUCUGGGGGCAGUAGUUUUGUUGAGGAGUAUUCUAGAAAUUCAAUUUCUUAUUCUUCUAUUGAUGAAGGUAGGUAGAUCACUCAUUUGUAAUUUAGAAGUGUUGUGAUAGCUCCAUUUAUGUGAUGUAAAGUAAUUCUCUCAGCUA